AUGCUGCGCCGCACUCAAGCUUCUCUCGUCCGACGCACGCCGGUGCGCCUCAGCGGCGGCGAGCUCUACCACCCACCCAAACUGGAGGACAUCCCGCCGUCCUCGGCCACGAAGGGCUUCUUCGGCGCCUACAACGGCGGCCUCGCCGUGCUGCGCUUUAUUGACCUGAAGUGGAUGAUGAACCGGGCCGUCGAGCUGGGCCGCGAGUACUACAUCUCCGCCCCGACGCUGUACCUCUUUCUAUGGAUGUUCUGCUGGAAGGGCUUUGUGAUCAUGCGCUACGGCGACGGCAACCCGCCGCGCCAUGUAGACUGGAAUACCGAGGAGGCCGGCUAUCUGCCUCGGGGCUUCGAGCAGACGAAGGUCACCAAGGCAAUUUAA